GGCGACACCCGUAACCACCACCAGUUGCACCCUGGAGUGUAUGCUCCCUCCCAGUUGCACUUGCAGUUGCAAUGGACUUCAUCGAAGCAAACACAUAUGUCCCCGAGGAACGAGAAUCGCAGGAGGGCGAGCAGAAGCAGUCUCUUGCCUCUGACUUUGAUGAGUUGAAGAAGAACUUGGCGGCUACCACCCUCGGUGCCAAGGCAUUCAGCUUCUGGGGAAAGGCCGUCAAGCAAACCCAGGAGCUUAGCACGCAAGCACUGAAGCAUUCCGCCGACUUAUCACAGAAGGCUCAAGCAGAGCUUAAGCACUUGCAGGAGCAGAAAGCCUUACAGGAUGCGCAAAAGGUGGGAACUAAUGCUUUCGGCUACUUGAAGGGCGGUUGGGAGAAGGCAAACGACGUCAAAUGGAAAGACCUGGAGGGUGUAGAGGGGAAGGCUGAGCAGUACUUGAAGGGCUUGGGAACACUCCUGAAAGACGCGGUGAUGAUUCAGCCUCCGGGUGAGGGAUCGAGUACGCCCGGCCCUCAGGAAAAUACUAUUUUUGACGCUGCUGAGGGAGACGACGUCAAAAAGAAGCAAAUACAUGUUACCCGCCUUGGUCGCCAGUUGCACAUCCUGCAUACCACAGAAUCGUCGUUCAAGGAAGACCCUUCUGAUGACGGAUUUUCCACAUGGAGACAGAAGUUCGAUGUUGAGGCCAAGACUGAAGACAUUGCAAAAACCCUCGACCAAUGGCCAGAGCUGCGGGCUGUCAUGGAUGGACUCGUACCCGAGGAAGUCACGUACGCCGUUUUCUGGACCAGAUACUUCUGGUAAUUAUUCAUGUGCCCUACGUUACGCAAGCCACUAAUUCGAAUAUUAGGCAUGCGGAUAAGAUUAGGGCAGAGGAGCAGAAGCGCA